GAGAGGCGCAGCAGCCACAGGUUUCCUCUCAGCAUCUUCUCCAUUCUGGCACCGGGAGGUUUUCCAGUUUCGGGUCUUUCUGCAGGGAUCCGGUCAGUUUGCUGAACUGUUUUAUGUGAUUCUUUUUAUUCGUGAACUUUUCUGUUUUUUUUCUUGCUUAUUUUUCACAUUUUGAAGCGGCGAACCGAACUUUAAAUGCGCUAAAAUCCCGCCGCCGCCCCAGACCGCGCAGACAGCAGGAUGCCCGUCCUAUCGAGCCCAGACAGCGCCAACAGGUUCAGGGAGAGGUGGCUGGACCAGGCCGCCGGUUCCGGUUCUGCCCCCCUGGAUGACAGCCUCACCAGCCUACACUGGCUGCAGAACUUCUCCAUCCUGAGCGCCGACCCGGAGCGGCUGGCGGGUACCGGCCCGGAGUGCCCCUCCUCCCACCACCACCUGCUCCUCAGGCGGCUCGGCUUCCCCAGAACCGGGACCGACUCUCCGUCCAGCCCGCCGGCCGGGGACACGGCGGCGGCCGCCGGGAUGCCGCGGUACCCGGGCAGCCCCGCCACCUCCGGCAGCCAGACUACCGCCGCGCCGCCGCCGCGGUUCUCCCCGCUCCCCGCACCGGGCUUCCCGGUCCAGGCGGGCCCGCCGGUGGAGGUGGACUACCGGAGCAACCCGAAGGUCAAGCCGCCCUAUUCCUACGCCUCUCUCAUCUGCAUGGCCAUGCAGGCCAGCAAGCAGCCCAAAGUCACGCUGUCCACCAUCUACAGCUGGAUCACAGACAACUUCUGCUACUACCGACACGCAGAGCCCAGCUGGCAGAACUCGAUCCGUCACAACUUGUCCCUCAACAAGUGUUUCAAGAAAGUCCCGAGGCAGAAAGACGAGCCUGGGAAGGGGGGCUUCUGGCAGAUCGACCCUCAGUACGCCGACAUGUUCGUCAAUGGCAUCUUCAAGCGCAGGAGGAUGUCUGCCAACCACUAUGGCGGCGGUGGCGCCGCAGCAAGGCAGAGCAAGCUGGUGGAGGGUUUCCCCGGCAGCUGUCCUCACCAGGCGGGCGCCAAGCGGAAGCAGCUGUCCUCCACCGACCGCAGCAAGCUGAUGCGCUCCACCGAGUCCCCGCUUCUCGCCAUGGAGGCCAACAAAGUUGACAUCCUGAAGGGGGACUUUGACCUGGGGUCCGUGUUCGAUGACGUUCUCAGCGGCGGCUGCAGCACCUUCGAGGAUCUGGACCUGAACACGGCGCUGAGCUCGCUGGGCUGCGAGGUGGAGGCGUCCAUGAACGGCCGGCAGCACGCGGCAGGCCCGGGGCGGUGGGGCGGCGCCGUGGAUGUGACCCACUACCCGUCCUACAGCUACCUGGACCUGAGCGACGCCGCCACAGACGGCACCGUCGGCAUGUCGCAGCCACCGCAGCAGGACCAGCUGCUGCAGGGACAACACCAGCUGCAACAUCUGGACGAGUCGGCCAUGCUGUUCGGCGAGCAGCCGGCGGACGCCGCGCUGCAGCCGUGGGAGGAGAUUAAAGAGGAGCCGCAGGUCAUUCCCCUGACCCUGGACCCGGGCUUUGGGCUUUACGAGGGCUUCUUCACCGAGAUGCAGCAGUGGGAGCGAGCGGAGAGUUUCCUGUGAACUCAUGGAGAAGAGUCCAACCGCUGGUCGGCUCAAUGAAACGUAAACCAGCUACUCAUCUCAUCUCCUCUAAUCUGCUCCAGCGACCACUGAAUUAUUCAUUCACACUGAUGAGCCAUUAUGAACACCGAGCAGGUCUUCAUGUCUCUGGAAUCGGGUUCUUUGGGUCAGGUGUCAGAUCCCAUCACAUCAGAAUUUGGGGAGUAAACUCAUCAUCUUCUUCUAGCCUUUAAUAGUGAUUUUCUGCAGCCGGGUUCAUUUUGUGCCAUUUUGUUCCAAUCUACUUUCAUUUCAUACCUGUAAGCAAUUCAGUUUGGUUCCAUUUACUUAACCAAUGCAUAUCAGUGUAUUUUUCUUUGUAGUUGUCUGUUUUAAUGAAUAAUACAGAUAAAUAGUUAUAGAAUAGUUCAAUCUUAUUACAGAGAUGUUCACAAGUCAAUCUUUUCCCAGAAAGGUCUGAAGGCAUGUUGACCACUUUGUCCUUUUGCCAUUUCAUGUCCUGACCGUCUGUCAGGGACUAUCCACCAGGGGGCGUUUGGUUUUUAAAGUACAACUAAACCCCAAAUCAACUUUUUGCUGAUAAAUUGUCUAAAUAGGUUCUUAAGAGUUCUGUGAUGUUUCUGUUUACCAUCAACUGGAAGCAUCAUGCAUAAACUGUACAAGGAUCUUAGGGUGCAGUAGGAUCUUAGGGUGCAGUACGGUCUUAGGGAGCAGUACGGUCUUAGGGAGCAGUACGGUCUUAGGGAGCAGUACGGUCUUAGGGAGCAGUACGGUCUUAGGGAGCAGUACGGUCUUAGGGUGCAGUACGGUCUUAGGGAGCAGUACGGUCUUAGGGUGCAGUACGGUCUUAGGGAGCAGUACGGUCUUAGGGAGCAGUACGGUCUUAGGGAGCAGUACGGUCUUAGGGAGCAGUACGGUCUUAGGGUGCAGUACGGUCUUAGGGAGCAGUACGGUCUUAGGGUGCAGUACGGUCUUAGGGAGCAGUACGGUCUUAGGGAGCAGUAGGAUCUUAGGGUGCAGUACGGUCUUAGGGAGCAGUACGGUCUUAGGGUGCAGUAGGAUCUUAGGGUGCAGUAGGAUCUUAGGGUGCAGUAGGAUCUUAGGGUGCAGUAGGAUCUUAGGGAGCAGUACGGUCUUAGGGAGCAGUACGGUCUUAGGGAGCAGUACGGUCUUAGGGUGCAGUAGGAUCUUAGGGUGCAGUAGGAUCUUAGGGUGCAGUAGGAUCUUAGGGUGCAGUAGGAUCUUAGGGUGCAGUACGGUCUUAGGGUGCAGUACGGUCUUAGGGAGCAGUACGGUCUUAGGGUGCAGUACGGUCUUAGGGAGCAGUACGGUCUUAGGGUGCAGUAGGAUCUUAGGGUGCAGUAGGAUCUUAGGGUGCAGUACGGUCUUAGGGAGCAGUACGGUCUUAGGGAGCAGUAGGAUCUUAGGGUGCAGUAGGAUCUUAGGGUGCAGUACGGUCUUAGGGAGCAGUACGGUCUUAGGGUGCAGUAGGAUCUUAGGGUGCAGUAGGAUCUUAGGGUGCAGUACGGUCUUAGGGUGCAGUACGGUCUUAGGGAGCAGUAGGAUCUUAGGGUGCAGUAGGAUCUUAGGGUGCAGUAGGAUCUUAGGGUGCAGUAGGAUCUUAGGGUGCAGUACGGUCUUAGGGAGCAGUACGGUCUUAGGGUGCAGUACGGUCUUAGGGAGCAGUACGGUCUUAGGGAGCAGUAGGAUCUUAGGGUGCAGUAGGAUCUUAGGGUGCAGUAGGAUCUUAGGGUGCAGUAGGGUCUUAGGGUGCAGUAGGGUCUUAGGGUGCAGUAGGGUCUUAGGGUGCAGUAGGAUCUUAGGGUGCAGUAGGGUCUUAGGGUGCAGUAGGGUCUUAGGGUGCAGUAGGGUCUUAGGGUGCAGUAGGGUCUUAGGGUGCAGUAGGGUCCCACAGUAGCGUAGGGUCUUAUGAUGUACAAAACCUUCCCUGCUGGGUUGAAACUGACCAACGGUUGGUACAACAUCUUCAGCAGUAAUCAGCUAUUUUUCAUAAUCGCUAAAGCAUCAAAGGACCAAAGUUAAAAAUGGCAAAGGGUUGAAGUUUCCAGCCUCCUGUCCUACCGAAGCCAUGGGGCUGCAGGGGAGGGUUAAUGUCAUGUUAGACAUUUGAUCGGUCUCCAAAAGCUGGCGAUGAUUGAAGUGUUGAAGCAACAUCCUUGUGAAUCCAGCAGAAAGUUGCUUUAUAACGAGAUGAACAGUGUUCCUCCUCCUUCCUGUGCUGGUGCACCAUAACGUCAUGUGGAUCAGUUCAUUUCUUUCUUCUCUAAAACAUGAUGGAGUGUAAUGUGUGUUUUAAAGACUUUUGAUUCUUUCUCCUGGUUUAAGGAGGUUGGACAGAAGACAUGUCAGUGAAAUGGAGAUCCAUCAGAUCUUAACCAUUUCAUUCUGGAAUAUCAACGGAGUGAAAAUGGAAAGGUCUGGGAGGCCUGGAGCAGGACUAUGAGGGACCUGAUUGUCCCGGAGACCCCGGCUGCUCUGGAGUCGUCAUAGUAACAGGACUGACGCACAACCAUCCUCCAUCGACGGACUCUCCAGAGAGAAACUCUGAAAACUGACAGGAUGUUACUGUGCUACAUUAGCAUUGACGUUUUAUACUAACUGUUUAUGUUUGAUGACUAAAGAUGAACAUAAAUGGAGAUGCAUAAACUUCAGAUUCAAUAAGAAGAGUUUAGAAAUCCACAACAUCCUAACAGCUGAAGAAGCUGGACAGGAUGAGCCGCCAUCUGUCCUGAUAAAACCAGAACAAGUUCAUCAAAUCUAACUUUAUGCACUUUUAAUAAGCAGCAGCAGUUUGGUUUUGUUUUAGUUUAUUGUAUUGAAUUGUUUUUACUGAAUCUUAGCACAUUACACUGCAAUAACUCAAACUGGCUAGUUCUAGUAAGCUUCAUCCACGCUGUGUUUAUGGUUUUAUGUAAACAUUUAUAUUUGUUGAUGAUUUUGCGCCAAAUCUGUCGAAGAAUUAUGCAGUUUGCUGUUAUUUUUUUAUUGAUUAAUCAGAAAAUGAUUAUUUGGUUUUAUGAUUGGCUGAUGAUUUUUUAAAACUUUCUUUUAUUUCUAUUGUUUGUUUUCACAGAUUUGAUCAGAAAUGGAGAGAAAAGUUUUAGGGAAAAAGUUUAUUAACAAGCCAGACUCUCGUUGUAAUAAGUUUGAUUAUUAUUGUUUGAUUUUGUGUUCAUUUGUACUUUUUAAAGAGCUUUGGGAUGCAAUCAUGCCUUAAUGCAAUAAACGGUGUCAAUUCAA